GGUUAAUGCCACAUAUUAAAGUCUUACGUUUUGGCAUCAAUUUAAUUUGUUUCCUUGUUGGCAUAAGUUCUUAGUGGUAUACAUAUACACACCAAUGGAGUGGAUAUGUUAUUUCUUUAUCCCUAUAUAAAUUAAGUUUCCAUCUAUAGUAACAUCCACAUAUUAAUUAAGGCAAAAAUAAAUUUGUGGGUACUACCCACCCCUACCAAGUAUGAAGAAAGGGCACUUCCACAAAAGGAUGACAUAAAUGUAGCUAAUGCUUCAACCACCAAGUUAUGCUUCCCAUCAUUCCAUCAUACUAUAGAGCUACCUAAGUAGUAGUUACUAAUAAAAUAUAAUUCGCGUCAGCUUUCAGAGUAUAUAAUCUGUAGAUGCGUGAUUGUUACAUCGUAUUUACAGAUAAAGAGAACCAGUCAGAGUCGUGACGUAUAUAUGUAUUUCAGAGUGAAAGUGAUGGUCAUAUAUAGAAAUGACGGAUGAGAGCGAUAGAUUGCUCCCGAUCGCGAAUGUGGGGCGGAUCAUGAAGAAGAUCCUCCCCACAAGCGCCAAGAUCUCUAAAGAAGCCAAAGAGACAAUGCAAGAAUGUGUAUCAGAGUUCAUAGGCUUCGUGACGAGCGAGGCGUCGGAGCGGUGCCACAAGGAGAACCGGAAGACGGUGAACGGAGACGACAUCUGCUGGGCCCUCAGCUCCCUCGGAUUCGACAACUACUCCGACACGAUGCCGAGGUACUUGCAAAGAUUGAGGGAGAUUGAGAGACAAAGGGCUAAGCAACAAGGUGAAAGAAAGAUGAAAGAAGGCUGCUGUCAAUGCACCCCUUCAUCACCACCAUCACUGCAUUUUCUAGCAAUUCUAGAGAGGGACGGAGGGGGGGAGAGAGAGAGAGAGUCGUCUUCUUCUUCUUCAGCAAAAACCAGCCAACUUGACAACAACACAUGUAUUUUGAGGAAAAAUUAACAGGUAAGAACUACUGCAGGAUCUCAUUAAUAUUUUAGGGCUAAAUAUUUAACUCUUUUUUCUUUCUGGGUGCAAAUUAAUGUAAAUCGGAACAGCUUCGAAUAUGUUUGUAAUUUAAACAUUUUAUUCUCAUUAAGCACUUAAUUAAUAAUCUUGAAACA